UGAGGCCACUGUUUGAGUAGAGCAAAAACAUUUCAAUGUCAUAUCAUUCAUCUCUAUCUCUACCCAAAAUGCCUCUUGAAGCUCUCCCUAACGAACUGCUAAGCGCGUGCUUCUCCAAUCUCACAAUCCCCGAGAUCAAAUCUGUGCGCCUUGUCUCGAAAAGGCUCCACUCCGCCAGCUCCCCCUUCCUAAUAAGUAAAGCCUCUGUUUCAAUUACUCCCAAUUCCUUCACCCAUCUUGAAGCCCUCUCCAACCACCCCAUAUUCUCCAAAAGCAUAACCAAACUCUCCGUCGACGUAUCCUACUACGACACCCUUCUCGCAGAGAGCCUGGGUCGGUUUGCACUGAAUUCCUCAUCAAAUCUGUAUCAGCGUCUUGAACGGAUGGAACGCCGUGUGGCAGCCCGACGCGACCAUAAUGAAAGUACGGCUUCUCUAGAUAAUGCAUUUCAGGUUACGGGUGAAUGGGAUGCAGUUGCAAUUGACGGAUUUCAGAAUGAGAAGGCAACGGCGAAGCAGAAGUUAAUUUUGACCACUUUUGAAGAGUAUGUUAGGCGGUUUAAGGAUCAGGAAGAGGUUAAGAGGGAUGGGGCAUACGUUACGAGGCUUGUAGAUGCGAUAUCGAAGUUUACCGCUUUGAGGGCGAUUGUGGUCCUGGAUUAUGAGAUCAGAAGUAAGGAAGAUUCAAAACGCCACGAGCCACUUUCGGAACAAGACCUAAUUUCGAGCUGUCUGGAUCGUUCGCAAUGGAAAGGCACAUGGACGACUGGGAUGGAUACUUCUCCGCCUACCUAUAUCAUCUCGGAUCUCUUCACCACGCUUGCCAAAACGGAUAUCCGACCUAAACACUUCGAUAUCAGAGUCACAGCGCCUGCUAAUCUCCGCUGCUUAUCCUUCUCGGAGGCUAAGCUCUCUACGAUUCGCACAACGCUCUCACGCGCCACGCACUUGUACUUCUUUUUGCAGAGGUGGGCGCGCAAAGACUCAUACGCAGAGAACAAUGAUCGGCCUGUCGAUGAAAUGGUAGCAUUGUGCACCCUCACAACCGCGUAUUUCAGUUCCUUUCGGCUUGAAGAGCUGCAUCUCAGUCUCGAUGACUACCCCUGUUUCUACGAAAUUCCCACCGUCUCGCUCAGUAAAUUCCUUACCCUUCCUCUCCAAACCCCCGCACUCAAGAGUAUCUACUUCCGCAACGUCCCUACCACUCUGAUAGACCUAAAACUAUUUGCCAGCAGUGUGAGGACCACUUUGACGUCACUGCGAUUGUAUGGCCCAUAUCUACUUUCAGGGUCUUGGGUUCAGGCGUUGGAUGUGCUAAGGGAGUUUGAGCACCUACACUAUUUUGAGCUGCAUGAAGCUAAAGGAAUGGAGUUUGGGAAUCAGUAUGUAAGGAAUCCGCCUAAUAAUGAGAUGCACGAGUAUGUUUUGAGGGAGAGAGAGGCGAAUCCGCUUUCAGAUAUCGAAUGUAGCUUGCGGAGUAGUGGCAUACGAAACUGGUCAAUGAUAAUGCUUCGGAAUUUAUUUCCAAGGAUUACCCGCAGCCUUCAAAUGAAGAUGACAAGCACUGAACUCAGCGUGAGAUUUGUAUGGGCGGCAAUGAAACACAGCAGCUCACCUGCUUCUACCCAUCUCCUGAAUAGUGUUUUUGCAAGGAAUAUUGGUUACGGAUUUAACCAGAUGGGAAGAGGGAUUAAUUUUGGGUUGUACCGACUCCGACCGCUUGUCAUCGUCGAGGAUAUUGAUGGGAAGGGUGUUGUAAAAAGUGCAGCGUAUUUCUCACGAAGAUGCGAGCAAUGGAAGUAUAAAUUACGCAGGCCCUUCUCUUCAGAUGACCCUCACUAUUCAUCGACACCCCUCACCUUCCUCGCCCUAAUCACCGGCUUCGCCUCAGCCGCCGAUAUAUGCCGCACCACCGGCUCGUCCUGCAGCGGCACAAAAGUCUGUUGCAACGGGAUCCAAGAAGGCAACUGCUGCAACCUUGGCACAGCUCGCUCUGAGCUUCUCUGGAGCCUGCCCGCCGACAGCCGAUUCCAGGUCUGGAGCGGUACCGACUGUAAUAAGGGCAAUUCAGGGACCUUCAAAAAUCCGAAUAAGGUGACGAAUAAGUGUAUUGGGUUCAGUUAUCCUGUUCCUUCAGCCAAGUGGCUUAAGGGUGGUGGUACGAAACGCGAUGUCAAUGAGCCAUGUGUGGAGCCUAAUGUUGCCAUCUACGAGGUUGAUGGGGCCGAGCAUGUUGCGAAGAUUCCAGCUGGGAGUGGAGUAUUGGUCGAGGAGUGGAUUGAGGAGGAGAAAUGGGAUUUGUUGGAAGAUCUUGAGAUCUGAUCAUGAGGCGUACGCAAGCCUUUCUUAGAGAACGUAUGUACAGUCGCCUACCAAAAGUCAUUAGCCACUCAACCAUCUGAGCUCUGCAGAGGUAUAGUCAGCCUAUUUAGGAAGAAGGUUACUUAGCUAAUUG